CUGCAGAGGGCGCGUCUGGUGUUCGCGGGAGAAGAGACAGGCUGCCGUUCAGCUGGUUCUCCUCUGCGUCGCCUCCUGCUCCUGGACCUUGCUCCUCAUCUCCCUGACCCUGACCACGUCGGCCUCGAGUCCCAGACACGCCUCGAAAGUCAUAGCAGAGACAGGCCCCAAAUGGGCCGAGGGUGGAGCCGAGGCUUGUCAGGAAUGCCUGUCACGCCGAGGACCACCUCACAGCUACUGGCACGUCUUCGAGCGCUCUCUGCACCAAGUGGCGUCAGCCCUGGACAGCCUAGACCAGCCUUUAGCACCGUCCGCUCUGCGUUCUCAACUUCGAGCGACCAAAACCUCCUCCGCCAGUUGGCCUCCGUCCUUCAUCUGCCCUUGAUUGAGAAUCUGGAAAACAGUGGCUCCAGGAAGCAAAGUCAGGAGGCUAUUCUUCCAGCUCCGGGGCGCGUCGAUGGGCGCCUGGCUUGUCCCGAGCAGUUCCCGGGGUCGCGAACGGGGUACCCACGCUAUCAUACGGGAUACUUUACCAUGAAUUGCUCCUCUCUGGCCUUGAGGGAGGUGGUCACAGCCGUCCUAUGGGAUAUUGAGAAGGAUCACAUAUCCAAUCUGCUCGAUGAUUUCAAGCGCAUUUAUCCGGGGCUGCCUAUUCUCCUGGUGACCGAUGCCACGGUGGAAGGCGUGCCAAACUUGCUUAUUGAGAAACCCAGUCCAUCCACUGCAAAGGCACUGAAAAGAAUUCUGUCCCACGUGAAAACUCCUUACGUCUUCCUAGGCACAAAGCUUACGCAAAUAACCAACCACUCCAGGCUGGAGAGACUUGUGUGGGUGGCUGAGUGGUCUGGAGUCUGGGCGGUAGGUGGCGCCGGUAAAGGACAAGAUGGCCGCUGGAGGGCGGGAUGUCUACAAGUAGCUGAAGGAGGAGGCCAACUCGUGUUCACUCGAGGAUACACGACUUCAUUAUUCGAGUGCCAGCUGUGCCAAUCCAUCGAGGCGCCUUUUGUGAUGCGCACCAAAGCACUUCAGAAACUAGACUGGCCUCGUCUAGGAACCGAACUGCAGUUGCUCCUACCGAGGAUGUUUCUAGACAUCCAUGCGCGGGCUAGGUCCCACAAGCAUGGGGCAGCUGUAUGUCCUGAUUCCCUCUUUCUGAUAGCGAGUGUAGACCCUCCUUGGGACGUCAAUGAAAAGCCACACCGUCAGGAGCACGAACUGCGCACAGUCGCAGCCCUGUGGCACUCGACUGUUAAACAGAGGCGCUUGGCGCGUCUCCACCUGCCUUCAGGGUAUACGGUCAACUACCCAUGUGAUUUCCUGCCCAGCUCCCGUCAGUCGCAUUCCACGCAUUUCUCUCCUUUGUCGAGCGAAAGGGGAAUCCCCGCGGCCAUAGCCUGUCAAAGAAGAGAGCUCUUAAUGAUCACUACAAACCUACUUAAUGCCUGUACCAAACUCACGGUGAAAUGUCACCUUAAGGAUUCCGCUGUAACAGUUCUCGUGAGUGGAGGAUCACUGCAGUCCAUCCCCAAUAAGACCUUGAACUUCGGGAUGGACGGGGCUUUCAAGAUAGCCGCCCUCCAGAAGGUUUUAGAAGCCUCCCACUACGUCUCUUUCAUAGAAAACAAGGCAUUAGUUGUAGAAGGACGGUGGUGGACGCUGAGGAUAACUGCAGAUACCAAUCAGAAAACGACAAACAUCGAAAUGCUAGACGGUCUCUGGGUACCAUCCGUCAUCCCGUCCAGCGGCUCCUGGACAGACGAGAUCGGGAGCUGCGGCGUUCCAGUCUUUCAGGUCGACGACACGUCGCAGGACGAGCGCAUAUCGCAGCUCACUCUCCCUCCCUGCAGCCGAAAUCGUCUCUCGGAUAUGACCCUGAGGUCGCCCUGAGAAAAAAAAAAAAGACUUUGCAGGACAACCAAGCAGGACUACCAGUGAUCCAUCAAACCUCUCGAAAUGUCUUCUAAAAACGUUGCGCGCCUCCGAAUCCCGAAAUGGCCUCUGGAAGGGGUUUCAGCUUCUCCGUCUGGCUUCACCAAUCCCGAAGUGACCUCUGAAAGGGAUUUCAGCCUCCCGGUCCGGCUUCACCAAUUCCAAAGACAUCUGGAAGGGGUUUCAGCCUCCCAGUCUGGCUUCACCAAUCCGAAAAUGAUCUCUGGAAGGGGUUUCAGCCUCCCGGUCCAGCUUCACCAAUUCCAAAGACAUCUGGAAGGGGUUUCAGCCUCCCCGUCUGGCUUCACCAAUCCGAAAAUGAUCUCUGGAAGGGGUUUCAGCCUCCCGGUCCAGCUUCACCAAUUCCAAAGACAUCUGGAAGGGGUUUCAGCCUCCCGGUCCAGCUUCACCAAUUCCAAAGAUAUCUGGAAGGGGUUUCAGCCUCCCGGUCUGGCUUCACCAAUCCCAAAAUGACCUCAGGAUACAUCAGCCUCGGUCGUGGGGCUGGUGGAGAUGGCGGCCGUCGUCAUAAAACUCGGAGACGAGAGAUGAGUCUCUUCAAUUGAUUUACGGUCGCCGUCAUUUAUCGUCUCUGGCGACGUUUUUGGAGGAAGUCCUUGUAUGUCUUUUAAGUAUUUCGUAGGAACCUUUUUCGAAAAAAGGAGAAGUUCUAGUGCGUUCUACGUUCGAUUCUAUCAACAACUUCCAUACUAGUGAUCGAAUUUCCGCUAAAGCUUACCUGAUAUUUUGUAAAUAAACUUUCCUUUCGUUAAUGAUUUUUUAAAAUUAGUGAAUCAAGACUUCAGUGAAUUUAGCAACAAAAUGUAUUAAAGCCUUAGGUAUCUUGUGCUGAGAUAGAGUCGCAUGUUGCCUUAGGAGAAGUGUUUGUUGGAAAUAUUCAAUAUGCCAUAGAGACAAGCAGAAUUUAUUCUAGGAAAAAACUGAUGAUUAUUUCAUACCAAGUAAUUAUAAUAGACUUCAGCUAAAUAUUGUGCCUUCUGGUGUAUAUAAUCUUGGAUAGUUACUCACUCUCUGAGGAAUAUUAGAAUUUUCAGAAUUACUAACUGUAGAUAAAAGACUCGAUUACAAAACAGUCAGAUUGU